GGGGCGCGGGGACCCGGCUCGGGCGGCGGUCGCUGGGCGGCCGCGGGGCGCGCGAGGCGCCUCUCCGUGCCCCGGUGCCCGGCUCCGCGCGCUGUCCCCACGAUGAGCGCCCUGGGCAGCCCGGUCCGGGCCUACGACUUCCUGCUCAAGUUCCUGCUGGUGGGCGACAGCGACGUGGGCAAGGGCGAGAUCCUGGCGAGCCUGCAGGACGGCGCGGCCGAGUGCCCGUACGGCCACCCCGCAGGUAUCGACUUCAAGACCACCACCAUCCUGCUGGACGGCCGGCGGGUGAAGCUGCAGCUCUGGGACACGUCGGGGCAGGGAAGGUUCUGUACGAUAUUCCGCUCCUACUCGCGGGGUGCACAGGGUGUGAUCCUGGUCUACGACAUCGCAAACCGCUGGUCUUUCGACGGCAUCGACCGAUGGAUUAAGGAGAUCGACGAGCACGCGCCUGGAGUCCCUAAAAUCCUGGUGGGGAAUCGCCUGCACUUGGCUUUCAAGCGUCAGGUCCCUACAGAGCAGGCCCAAGCCUACGCCGAGCGACUGGGCGUGACCUUCUUCGAGGUUAGCCCGCUGUGCAACUUCAACAUCACCGAGUCCUUCACAGAACUGGCCCGGACAGUGCUGAUGCGGCAUGGGAUGGACCGGCUCUGGAGGCCCAGCAAGGUGCUGAGCCUGCAGGACCUGUGCUGCCGCGCCGUCGUGUCCUGCACACCGGUGCACCUCGUGGACAAGCUGCCCCUCCCCGUCGCCCUGAGGAGCCACCUCAAGUCCUUCUCCAUGGCCAGCGGCCUCAACGCCAGGAUGAUGCACGGCCGCUCCUACUCGCUCACCGCCAGCUCCGCGCACAAAAGGAGCAGCCUGCGGAAAGGGAGGGCCCCGCGGCCGCCCCAGAGCCCCCCCAAAAACUGCACCAGAAACAGCUGCAAAAUUUCCUAAUGGUGGCACUGGAGGCAGACAGGCUGGGGGCCCCUAGGAGGGGCUCCGAGCGGCCACACUCAGAAGGAGGACAUGUCGCGAGUGGAGGAAACACUCCCCCCCCAGCCCACUGCUGCCCCUCGGCCAUGUCACCUGCCCCACCAGAGCUGUG